AUUAUGUCUAAGUGGGCAGAGAGCAAAUAUGAGGGUGAGCAAUUAGAAGGUUGGUUUCAUGGAAAGGGCAAAUAUUACUUUAGUAAUGGAGUCAUCUAUGAGGGUGAUUUUUUUAAGGGCGAAUUUCAUGGAGAUGGAACUCUCAUAUUUCCAAAUGGAGUAAAUAAACUUAUAUUCCUGUAGGGAUAAUACAAAGCUAAAUGGGAAAGAGGGAAGAUGCUUGAUGGUACCUACUUUUUUGAGGACCAUUUGAAAUAUGAACCUAUGGAUUGGAAAUAUUGUAUUGGAGAUGACAGAAGAUUUCAUCAGGAAAUCAAAUAGAGUAUAAAACCAGCAGGAAUCACUCAAAUGACUAAGGAUGACAUUCUUAUUGAAAUUCCUGAAGGCACUUAUGGUAUAAGUUUUUAAGAUUGAAUUUCAGAUGUUGGCGAAGGUUAUUAUGAGCCUGUGAAAUCUAUUAUUUACAGAUAUGAUGGUUCAAUCUUAAGAACACCUAGUGAACCUGAAGUUGAGAACAUUCUCAAGAAGUGUAGGUACAAUCCCAAGAAAGACUUUAUCAUUGAUGGCAAAGACGAUAAAGUUAUUCAGAAAAUGACUCAGAAGUCUUAGUGA